AUGCCGAGCCUCCUCUCAUCAACCGAGAUCGAAUAUGAACUCGCACACAUCCAUGACAAUCGAGCACCCAACGUUGUUAUUUCUGCUGCAAUAUGCAUUUCCUUGGCCAUUACCGCAGUACUUCUACGCCUGCUCGCUCGCCGUCUGAGCAAAGUGAGAAUACUUGCCGAUGACUACAUGAUCCUCUUCGCCCUGAUUAUAUGCAUGGGUCAGGUCGCUGCGUGCCUUUACUCGGUACAUCUUGGAGCAGGAAAACACGUCAUUCUCCUCAAAGACCCAGCAGCAUACGCCAAGACCAUCAUAGCAAUGGAAGUGCUCUACUGUAUUGGAACCGCCGCCUUCAAGUACUCCGCACUUCUCCUCUUCCACCGCAUCUUCGGCUCCGUUCCUCGCUUUACCGCCUUCCUCUGGUGCUUCGCCUUUGUAAUCCUUGCCAACAACAUCGCCGAGGUCUUCCUCUCCAUCUUUCAAUGCACACCCGUGCACAAAGCUUGGGAUUUGAAUGUCGAAGGCUCUUGCGUGAACAUUCUCUUAGCAGCCUGCAUACCCGGCUCCCUCAAUGUAAUCUCGGAUGUCGUUACUUUCCUGCUGCCAAUACCAUUGAUCUGGAACUUGCACAUGGAGCGGAAUCGAAAGAUCCAAUUAGUGGGCAUCUUCCUCCUGAGCGGCUUCGUCUGCAUAGCCAGCACAUACCGAGCCAUCAUCGUCAAGCGCCUCUCCCACCAAGACGCAAGCUGGGCCGACGUCGACCCCAUCAUUUGGGCCAUCGUCGAAAACUCCAUCGGCAUCGUCAGCGCCAGCCUGCCCACCAUGCGCCCCAUCUACAGCCUCAUCGUCCGCGGCCACCACUGCAGCUCCGUCGAGCGCUCCUGCGAGCGCUGCAACAACAAGUCUCCGACUCCUCGCAGCAGUGGUGGGAGGCGGGUCCGGAAGCCCGGUUCGGCGACAUCGUGGCUCGAGACACUGGGGACGAGUGAUGGGAAGGGAAGUUGUCAAUCUGAUGAUCAUGAGUGUUUGGAAAAGGGCGGGGCGGGGUGGACCGAAGUGGUGGAGAUGGAUUGA